GCCACACCCUCCGCCUGGUCGCCUCCAGCUCGGCCGUCUGUCCACGAGGCUGCUGCUCGCUCCGGCCCCCGGCCCCGACAUGUUGUCCCUGGGCCGCCUGUGUCUCCUCACCGUCCUUGGCCUAAUUCUCCCCACCAGAGGCCAUCCUGGGCUCCAGGCCAAGCCACAGACCUCUACUGACCCUGCUGAUGGUGAGACACAAAGCCACCCAGAGAGCCACUCUCCGCAUACGACCACAAGGGAGGAGCUGCUGACGGAUCCAGGGGUACCUGUGCACCAUGAGGAAGAAGGCACCACAACACACUCUGAGAAGUGGUCCCCGCAGAAGGACAGCAGGAUAAUGGAUCCUCAGACUCCAAAGCCACCUGAAGGCACCACAACACGCUCUGAGAAGUGGUCCCCGCAGAAGGACAGCAGGAUAAUGGAUCCUCAGACUCCAAAGCCACCUGGGUCCAGUGAGGAUGACCCCUUCUUCUAUGAUGAGGCCACUCUCCGAAACCGGGGACUCCUGGUGGCAGCUGUGCUGUUCAUCACUGGCAUUGUCAUCCUCACCAGUGGCAAGUGUCGGCAGUGGUCCCGGGUAUGUCGGAAUAACUGCAGGUGAGUCCAUCAGAAUGGGGGCCGACAACCGGAUGGGCACUCCGAUGAGAUCGAGCCUCCACAGUGUACUGCAGCCAGCUCCUCCCUCCCUGGAAGAGUCUCCUGGAGUGGUCGGUGGAAGAAGCUUAUCCUGUGCCUGGGGGUGGAGUUAAGGGGCUAAUGACCCUGUCCCCACCCCACUUGCUGCCCAGGGCCCCAACCGUCAAUCUGUUGAUUCUGUCCAGGCAAACAGUAAAGCACUGUUUCUUUUGA